GUGCAGGUGCGACACUUCCGCAAAGCUAAUUUCAAAAUGGCGUUCAAGGGCUGAGCGUCAGAAGACAAACAUCCCAAGAAUUUCUGCAAAUACAACACGAUCGGACGCUCAGCUUGCGUUAGAAAGACGCUAGUGUGAACGAAUAGCACGACGAAUCAAGAAAAGAACAACAAAAAAGCGUCAAAAACGUAUAUAAACGAAAAUGGGGCUUCGCAACUUCUUUGAUUCGAAAAUCUUAGCCCUCUCUGUUUUGGUCCUUCUUAUUGCCACACUAGUUUCCGUGCUGUGCGCCCUGCUGCCGUUUUGGUUCCGACUCCAUUUCGACGCUGCUGAUGCCACUUACGGCUCCAGGGGCCAGCGCGAGGCGGAGCUGCAGAUCGGGGUGUUCUGGAUGUACAAGCCAGGCAAGCCAGGCCCGGAGAGGACCAAGGUUCUUAUGACCAGCCUCGUCGCCCUGGGGGAGGCCACAAACCUCCAGGUGGAGCCAGGGUGGUUUAAGGCCGGCCAGGUGUUCUACUGUCUUGGAGUGUUUGGAAUUGCAGCUGGCUUUGGCGGUUCCGUCAUUCUUGCAGUACGAGAGUUUGGAUCACUCACAGGAAGCUUGGGGCUUUCCGCAUUCACUCUCAUUGCAGCAAUUUCUCAGGUGAUCGCAGUCAUGUUUCUCUUGAUCACCAGCAUGAGUGGUAAGAGCACAUGGCACACACUCCCUCUGGAAGAUCCAUACCAUAUCGUCAUCACCUCCCACCCUGAAAUGCUCCUUGACUGGGGAUUCUAUGUUGCUGUCAUCGGCGCCGGGCUCUCCAUCUUCGGAGCUGUCCUGCUUAUUAUUGAUUCCCUGAAACUCUGCAAGAGUAUCGAAGAUAUCCGGCGGCGCCAGUUUACCACGAAACCUAAACCAGAGCCCUACCCAGAUAUCCGAUACAGCCGCUUCACAUAUGCCGACGUGCCACGCCCCAAACCUGAGUACUCCCAUUCGGACCAGUCAGGGAUAGUGUUGAGUAGAGGCCCCCCUCAGCAGCAGUUCAUUGCUCAGCCCCAACCCUACCCCCAGCAGGACUACCCUCUGCCACAGAAAUACCCUCCGCCACAGCCCUCCCCCCAGCCACCACGGUAUGGAGAAUACCAGCAUUCCCCCCAGCCCGUCCGAAGCUACAACCCUCCACCCCCUGAACAAGGCUACGUAUCACGGCAGGUAGAACUGUAAGAAAGGGGCUUCAUGGUUAAGUUAGGUUACUGGAACAAACAGUUUGGUGUUAACAGAGGCCAUAGAUAGAUGACUUUGUAAAGUUUGUGAAUUUCCAAGAAGUAAACAUUAUCGAUACUGAAUAAUGGUAGGCGGCCUAAUGAAGUAUGUGAAUUUCCUGCUAUUUGUCACGCAGGAAGAGCUGUAAGAAUUACAUUUACUGGUAAAGUUACGGUUACAGGAACAAUUUUUUUAUGAUAUAAGAGGCCAUAGAUAGAUGACUUUAGACUUUAUGACGUAUAUGACUUUUAAUGUACUGUACCUUACCAAAAUGGAAAAUGAUAUUAUUUCAAUGUCACGCAGGUAAAGCUGUAAGGACACAGUCUGGUAAAAUUAAGAUUACAGGAACAUAUGUUGGAUGAUAUCAGAGGCCAUACAUAGAUGACUUUAUUAAGUAUAUGGUACAUUAGAUAUUUAAAGAUAUUGCAGUGGUAGGCGACUUUAUGAAAAAUAUGGAUAUCUAAGGACUGCACAUUCCCAAUAUCUUUUCGUAUGAGAAUGAUGAUUUAAAGGAACAUGAUUUCUACGUAGUUAGUGAGGAGGUACAUUUGCCACUCUUGCAAUGUAACAUAUGCAUGUAUGAUACUUGUAACUGUCAAGUCAACUGAUGAUUUAAAGGAACAUGAUUUCUACGUAGUUUGUGAGGAGGUACAUUUUGCUGCUGUUAGUGUUACAUAUGCAUGUAUCAUACGUCAAACUGUCAAGUCAGCAGUUAUUCCAUGUGAUUUGUACACAACAUUGACAUUGCUUUUUGAUUAUUGUAAUACUGACCUUGAUUUAGGAAACUAAGUAGAUAGAUGUCAACAUCUUGCUCUUUUCUUUCACUGUAUCAUUUUCUACAAAUGUUUUUAAAUUGAUAUAUAUUUUUAAAUAAUUUUACAUAAACAUCUCAUAUGGACAUUCCAUUUAACAAGUCUUUUAAUUGUUUCCUUCAUUUCCACUGAAAAGUUGAAUUUGAUUUUUGUACAUAGCUUUAUAUAUACUUGUAUUCCACUAUACCCAUCAGUUUUAAAGCAAAUAAUUAUAUUCAUGAGAAGAAUCAGAUUAAGUAUUUUGGUAUUUAAGCCCUUGCUCAUUUGUUUGCAAAGACAUGUUUUAUUGUGAUAUAUCUUAAGACAUAGGAUUUUUAAUUAUUAUAAUUGCUGUUUUAGAAAUAAAUACUAAUUAAUUUUAAUUGAUCUGUUAUGAUGAUUAUGGCUUUUAUCCCAGUGUCAUUGAUGUUGAUUGUAUAGUCUUGCCACACUUGGCGUAUAGGUCACCAAGUAGUGCCCCUUCCAUAUCAAGCAGACUUGUUUCAUAAAAAAACCUGAUCUUUCAUCAUAAUAUCAACCUUCGAUUAUCCAGUGUAUUCUAUCUCUAGCCUGUGACGAUAAAUACUGUGGACCCAUGCACCAUGACCAUAGCUUCAAUUUGAGCCUGAAUCGAUUUUAAUGCUUCUAAAAAUAGCCAUCCAAUCAAAUUUCUCACAGUGACAUUCUCUGCUAUGACGGUAAUAAGAGAGAAGGGGAUGAUGAGAUCACUUUCAAAACUUUCAAGAUUUGGUGGCGAAUGCAUCCAGGGUAUUUACCCUGAUAGAAUGGACAUAUGUUGAUCUGGAUAAUCGAGGGUGCAUUAUAUCACAUGUAUUUUAGUACACAUGGCCAAUGGUUGGGAUUCAUUCAGUAAUUUUGUAAUAAAAUGUUUUAUAUGGAA